AUGCUCCAGAUAACCUCUCUCUGGUCUGGCUACAGACCUAGAUACCAGUCUCAUAGAGUUGAUCAGAUUUUCCCUCUCAUAACUUCAUCGAAUAUUUCCAUAUCUUAUCUUAUCAGCCAUGGCUACUUAGACCAUUUAUGGACUAACUUUAACAGGGAUGUGCCUAGUUCUCAUAUAUUAUCGGUUGUUUAUAUUCUAAAUGGAUCAGACUGGUGUGUUCAGUCUCACUAUUUGAAUAUUUACCUCAAUCGAUCCAACAUUGCCACUUUCAGGGAAUUAAUCUAUGCUGUACUACGGUUACUUGAUUCAGGUACUACAGAUCCUCAAUUGCUCGAGUUUCUAUUUAAUUUGGUGCUUAGAAUACCCUCUGUACCGUCUUUGAGUACUCUUCUAGAACCCUUAUUUUCCAUUCUUGCCUGGAAAACCCUCAACUAUCAGUCUUUAGUAUCCGGUGAUGAUCUGCUAAAGCAAGCUCUGGACUCAAAGCUCGACCAAUUUAACAGGGCUUCACAUUCUGACAAAGAAGAUCUCUACUUGUCAAUUAAUUGGUUCGGUCACUUAUUGAGUCAGACAAUUGCCGUCUCCUCAGCAGAUUUCAAGGAAGCCUCUUUAAGGUUAAUUGUCGCCAUUAUCUCGUACAUUCCUACCAGACGCUAUACCAACACUAUUAUAAGGGAGACCGCUUUUGUCUAUCGAUUCCGUAAGCAAAACUCCACCUCUUUGUGGCUUCCUUGGCUUGAAUAUUUCAUCAAUUACCCUAUAAAUGACUUUAGUGGAGAAACAUAUGUUGCAGAUCCCACAGAACUUUUUAAUAGACUGGCUUCUCUCGCCUAUAGUCAGUUCAACCUUGAUACUUUGAUCCAACAUACUGAUCCGGCACGACUUUGCAUCGAUUAUGAAGAGUUCAAGAAAUGUUUUGUGGGAAAAAUUGAACUCAAGGACCUUCAGAAACUGGCUAAGGCCAUCAAAUGCAGACCCCAUUCCGAAUUUGACCACAUUGUUCUAGAUAUUUGGUACCAUAUUGGAGAUUUCACUCCCAAGCUUCCGCUUACAUUUCCUUCAAUGACGGGAUCAACCAAUUUUGUUGUUCCUGUUACACCUAGUUUCAUUGAUGAACAAGACUUUGUUCGUCGCUCGGUUCUUACUCUCCGCAAAGAGCUUGAAAACUCGCUUCAUGGCUUCUACGAUGGAGUCUCUAAAAGAUUAUCCAUACCCAAUGGCUCCAGUAAAUUUGCAGCUGACAUAUCUUCUCCACCAAUCUUCUCUGAAGAUACGUCUGUGCUUCAAAGACCAAAAUUGAGUGUCAACGUGAUAGUUGAUUUCAAAGGACGUAACAACGGUGUUGAAUCUGAGUGGAAGAGCUUGAAAGUUGGAGAUUUGGUAUACUUGGUGAAAGCUAAUGCUGAAAAAAAUACCUGCAUUCCUGCCAUCUUCUCUAAAUGCAAUGCCCAUGAUCAUCGAACAAAAAGCCUUUUGCUAAUUAUUGAUAAAGAUGCUGACGAAGACUCUGAUGAUUUGAAAAAUGCCUCAUUUGUCGUUCGUUUGACCGAAGAUGCUCAAAAAUUGGCAUGCAAGUAUGCAAAUAUGGUACAAAUAGCCACCUCCCUUGAUUUUUCUAUUUCUUCAUGGUUAAUGAAGGCCCUUCAAGACCGAAAGACGGCGACUUCAAUUUCCCAUUUGAGUAUAUUGAAAAAUGUGGACAUUAUACUUGAUGAGAAACUAUUCGUUGAGACUCAUAGUUCAAAAAGGUCGAAAUCUGCUCAGAGCAAAGUGGAUAGGUCAGAUCUAAGCGAUCCUUUGAUGCUAGAGCUAAGUGCUGAGGCUGAUAAUAUUGUGCAGUCUUGGACAAAAGUAUCAGUUCUUGAUCGAAAAGAUGAGGCUUCUAAUGUAAAGUUGGACUACUUUCAAUCGCAGGCUCUUUUGAGUGGCUUACUGCCGGGAAUUACCGUUAUUGAAGGUGCUAUAAACGCGGGAAAAUCCACCAUUGUUGGUGCUCUACUUCACAUGCUAAUGGAAAACUUUUCAGAUGAAAGAGUUCUUGUUUUAGUUGGCUCUGAGCAGUCAAAAAGCAGAAUCCUGCAAAAGUGUACGCUUCCCUCACGCCUAGUUGUAGAUUUGGCGCAUUCAAAUACUCUUAGCGACUACUAUUUCGAUCUUUUAAACCAAGUUCAACUACUUGCAACAGCACUGAAAACUGACGGAACAUUUGGAAGCAAUUAUGAAUCGGCUCUUUUCUUCUAUCAUCAUUAUAUGAGCAAGAAAUGGAGCCAAUAUUUGACUAAGUUGAAGGAGAAUCCAAAGUCAUUAGUGGAAGAUUAUCCCUUUGAUAAGAAGGAAGUAUCACAUUUGAGGAAAUUACCAAUAGAGAAAGCUCUUACUGAAGUGCUAACUUUAUACAACGAGAAACUGGAACUUUUUAGACAAUUAGAUCAGAUGAAAUAUCAUGAAGAGAUUCAUGGAACAGAAAGUUUAAAACAAUUGACUAUUUCGAAGUACUCUAAAGUGAUUCUAGCCACUGAAGAAGAAUUGAUCAGAAAAGAAUUUGACAUCAAAGGUGUCAAUAGUAUACUGCUCUUUGAUGCUGAGCAAUUUAAUGUAGCAGAUAUCAUGCUCAUAAGGCAUCUGGAAAAUGUUAAACGUGUUACGAUAGUUGGAAAUCCAUCGGGCUCUCAAGGUCGAUCUCUUUUGACGUAUUUCGAAGCAGAUAGAAGGCAUUUCAAGCUUGGAACUCAGUAUGGUAUGCAAAAAGAUAUUUUUCAAUUAGGAGGUCAAGAAUUAUCUCUUCGAAAUCCAAUAAAACAUGCAGGCACCGGAUUUAAAUUCGCUGUUCAGUUUGUGGAGGUAUCCGAUGCAAUUGAGUUAGAACGUUCAGGUCAAUUUGAAAACGUGUCAGAGGCAGAAUGGUUAGUAUGUAUGUAUCGCUACAUGCUUCUUAUGGGAUAUAAGCGAACAGAUAUCUGUAUUUUGACGACAUACAAAUUACAGAAGAUCUUGCUUUCGGAAGUUUUCCAAAGUAAUGAAGAGUUGCAGAGAAUGAAUGCAGCUAUCCCGGUGAUAUUUACUCCUAAAGAGCUUUGUUCCAGAAAGUUCAAAUAUGUCUUAGUUUCAUCGGUGAGAACUAGCAGUAAAGAUGUGCCAUUAAUCUCUUUAACAAGUUUGUGCAACUGUACUACAGAAGGAUUGUAUAUUUUUGGGUCCAUAGAGGUUUACGGAAAUUUGUUGCAUAGCGUAUUGAAGAACAAUGGAGGGAAGUUGCAGUUGGUUGUUCAAUCGAGUAAGAGCUACGAAGUACAGGAUUUGAAGCAUUUUGAGAGAUUGACUGGCCAGAUGGAGAAAAAGGAAAGAGUAGAAGAAGCCAAAUAA